CACUGAUUUUUAAUUAAUAUGCUUUACAACAGCCAAACUUAAUGCCACCGGAUUCUGAACUUGUCUCUAACUUCGCCCAGCCCCUCCCCCCGGCAACAACUCUCCUGACGUCAGACGCACGGACGCCUCGACAUGAGCGCUGCUGCACCGCGUUACCGCACCGAUCCAAUAUCCGCAUCCGCCAGUCCAGAGAAAACAUAGUUCCAUCAUCCCCUUUCACUUUGUGGCAAAGCCUGUGGAAAGUUGAGCCGACACCUCCCCGGGUCUCAGCGGCCCCAGGACGGAGGAUGUAGGUGGGCAGCCCGAGCCCCCCGGCUGCGUCCCGUUGGCGACGGCACCGGUCCUUACGCUGAUGGAUACAAAAGAAGGCCCAGGGAGUGAGGCGGCAUGGGAGGCGAGAUGGCGUCUUUCAAGAUUGCCGUGUUAUUUGUGUAGGUUUGUGGGCAGCUCGGGCGUUGUGGCGCCGCUCCUGUACUCAGUUAAUUUCACGUUCUCCUCGGCGACGGGGCCAAGACUCCAGUAGAAGGGGAGCACGAUGGAGCUGGAGGAGAACGCGGUGCAGAGCAGCAGUGACGCUGCUCCCUUGGGCCAGGAAGAGCCCUCUGAGAGCGGCAUGGUGGUGGAGACGUCUGAGGCUGUGUCUGCAGACAGCAGUGACACAGUAACUACCCACGGCAUGGGGUCUGAGGCAGACAACAGUUCUGGCAUUGACUCGGGCGUGGGCCAGAGUUCAGAAGAAUCCAUGGAGGUGGUUCCUGAAACAAGUUCCAGCACAGAUGUCAUCACCGUUGCUCACCUUCCAGAUUCCUCAUCUAUUGCUCAGUCCACCAUCGUAUCCAGUGUCUCCACGGUGACACAGUCCAUCAUGGUGUCUGAGUCUGGCCAAGUUCUGGUCCAUUCCAGUGUUGCACCUGAUGGAACCAUGAUCGUAUCUGAUUCUACUGCUUCUACAUCCUCCGAUCUUGGCUCAGCUAUUGAUAAAAUUAUUGGACCUGAGGCCAUGCAAAGUUGUAUCGCUGUAACGAGUGCGGGAGAUGAAGGAGCUGAAGCCACUCAGUACCUUGUACUGCCAGGCCCUGAUGAUGGUGGUCCCAUUGAUUCACAAAUGUCUACCUCCGAGAUGUCCAGCUGCAGGCUUUCCAACCUUUCAGGGGACGGGUUGGCAGAGGGGCCAACGUCUACUUGUGCGGACCAUCUUGAACAGCACGACCUGUCCAACUUGGAGGACAUGAUGGAAGUGGUGGUGGUGCAGCAGUUCAAGUGCAAAAUGUGCCCGUACAAAAGCAUUUCAAAGGAUAACCUUAUCAAUCACAUGAAGGAGCGACAUCUCAACAUUGGAGGCUUCCUGUGUAAAAAGAGAGGACGAGGACGGCCAAGAAAGCAGAGUGCCUCACCAAGAUCAGAGGAAGUGAAAGGCCAAGAGGACAAGGAACAAGAGCAAGAAGAUGAGGAGGAUGAUAUUGUGGAUGCUGGUGCUAUUGAUGACCGAGAAGCCGACAGUGAUUAUAACCCGGCGGAAGAUGAGACACGUGGAAGGCAGCUGAACUACAGCCGCAGUGUCACCACUUCAACCAGUGAUCGGCCUCGCAGGCGGCCGGGGAGGCCUCGCAAGGUUUUGCACACAGAAGCGACAUCUGCGAUUGAUGGAGCAGAAGUUGAGGCGCUUGUUACUUCUCAGUCCAACCCAGCGGAUCUGCAGACCUCUGAAGCUGCCAGUUCCACUGCCCAAGAGAAUGGGGAUGUCUCACCCAGCGAGGUAGCAGAAUCCGGGGUCAGCCAGUCCGAUUCUGAGAACAAAGAUCCAUCAUCAAACACCAGUGAGCCAUCUUACAAACACAUGAGAAGGCGAGGCCGCCCACCUAAAAGGUUCGGAAGGAGGAAAUACAGAGGGUACCUGGGCCGCAGAUACAAUUACUAUAGGUCAAGCAAGCCCCUGAUGAGACCCCAUCAUUGCCGGAUCUGUGGAUCCCGUUUCCUAACACAAGAAGACUUGAGAUUUCACAUUGAUUCUCAUGAAGGGAAUGAUCCAGAACGUUUCAAGUGCUUGCAGUGCAGCUAUCGUUGUAAGCGGUGGUCAUCACUCAAGGAGCACAUGUUUAAUCAUGUUGGAACAAAGCCAUACAAAUGUGAGGAAUGUGAUUAUACAAGUGUUUACAAGAAGGAUGUUCUCAGGCACUCUUCAAUUCACACAAAGGAGCGAAAGAAGAAAGCUGACUUGGUGCCCAAGGUGAAUUCCUACCCUUGUCCUGUUUGCUAUCGGGUCUAUCCCAUGCAGAAGAGACUAACGCAGCACUUGAAAACGCACAGUGCUGAGAAGCCCCAUAUGUGUGAUAAGUGUGGAAAAUCAUUCAAAAAGAGAUACACCUUCAAAAUGCAUCUACUAACCCACAUUCAAUCUGUUGGGAACAGCAGAUUUAAGUGUGAGUUCUGUGAUUACAUCUGUGAAAAUAAGAAGCUUCUUCUCAAUCAUCAGCUUUCACAUACAACAGAUAAACCAUUUAAAUGUGAUUUCUGCAAGUAUUCCACUAUCAAAGAAGACUUCCUGGUUUCUCACGUUGCCAUCAAACAUACAGGUGAGAAGCCGUUUUCUUGUGACCUAUGCCAUUUCAAUACGAAACACAAGAAGAACCUGCGACUUCACGUUCAGUGUCGGCACCCAGAAUACUAUGAAGACUGGUCGAAGAUCCAUCCUGAAGAGCCUCCACGCAGGCGCCGGCCAUUCUUCACUCUGCAGCAAAUUGAAGAGCUGAAGCAACAGCACGAGCAGAUGCAGUCUACACAGGAGAGCAUCCGGGACACCAUUAUGCCCCUGACGUACCACACUGUUCCAGCAUCAAUAGUCAAUCAGGAUUCCUUGGGAACGGCUACUAUCAUUUAUGAACAAGGUACAAGUGAAUCAUCGGAGAUUGCAGCACAAAAUGCCUUGGACCUCUUGCUGAACAUGAGUACACCAAGAGAGCUUGUUACAAAUUCACUACAGGUAGCAGUAUUCAAAUCAGACAAUGCAGUCCAAGACCAGCCCUCACAAGAAUCUCAAGACCAAGAGGAGGAGCAGUUGACCAUGUCACCCCAACACAAAAUCGUUGCACUUCAUGUGGGUGAACACGGUGAGACUGUGGUCCAGGAGAUGUAUGAAGCUACAACCAUUGACAGCUCUGGAAUCCCACAGGUCACCAUUAGCCCUUACACCAAUGGCACAGAAUACAAUAUUGUCACACCGGGAAGUGAGGAGAUGCAACACACCACAGUGUACAGUGGCUCUACUGGCAAUGGAGAUGUGGCUCACACUGUGUUAGUCAGUGGUGAUGAGUUAAAACAACACCAGGGUCGCUUUAUCAUGACGACAAACCUGCAGGGCAACCAGUUUCAGCAGAUUGAGUUUGCAGGUAACAUCACAUCUCCACAAGUUGAUUCAAACCUGCAGUCAUCAAUGAAGAAGUUCUCCUGUAAAAUAUGCACAGCAUCAUUUCAUGGCCGAGCGGAGAUGGAGAGCCACAAGAGAGCACACGCAGGCGAACAUGGCUUCAAAUGUCUUGAUUGUAACUUUGCAGCCAGCACAUGGCCAGAAGUUCGUGAUCAUAUGUUGCAGCAUUCCAACUUAAGACCUCACAAAUGUAACCAGUGUAGCUUUGCAUCCAAGAACAAGAAAGAUCUUCGACGACAUCUACUCACACAUACAAAUGAGAAGCCUUUUGCCUGCGAUAUUUGUGGACAGAGGUUUAACCGAAAUGGCCACCUGAAGUUUCACAUGGAGCGACUGCACAGCUCGGACUCUCAGAAGAAGCCUCGGCAGCAACAUGUCAUUCUUAAUAGUGACGAUGAAGCUAUCGCUCUGCAGACAGAUGAUGCUGUCAUUUCAUCAGAUCGAUUCCAGGCCUUGGCCCAGGACCAUAUCAUUGUUGCCCAGGAGCAGUCUAUUUCUGACCAGGAUGAGACAACGUAUAUACAACACAUAACGUCUGACGGACAAACCGUUCAACAUUUAGUGACAGGAGAUAACCAGGUGCAAUACAUAAUUUCACAGGAAGGUGUACAGCAUCUUGUUCCACAGGAGUACGUGGUUGUCCCUGAUGGCCACCAUAUUCAGGUUCAAGAUGGUCAAAUCCACCACAUACAAUAUGAAUCAGAUCCACAGAUACAACAGGUCUUGGAGGGACAGCAGAUUGCAGUGAGCCACGAUGGACAGAUCCAGUAUGUGCCGAUCACCGACCGACAGGCGGAACUGGAGGCCGCUGCACACUCGGCAGUGACAGCUGUAGCAGAUGCCGCCAUGGCUCAGGUCCAAGGGAUCUACACCACUGAGGCUACCGAGGAACAAAUCCAGCAACUUCAGCAGCAGGCAAUCCAGUACGAGAUGGCUCAUGCAGAGGUCAUUACGUAUUCUGAAGACUAAUACACUGCAGAAGGAGCAGAUGAAGACUCGAGCACUUUUGUUUUUGAGCAAGAGAUGGGAGAAAGUGAGGCCAGGAGAUGGGGGAGAAAACAAAAUGACGUACUUUUACUGCCUUUAACAAUGACUUGGUUUGCUCCUCAAAUUGUCCUCACCAGUUUUUGCAUGCAGUGAACAAAUGAAAAGUUGAUUUGUACAUCUCACUUCCAACCAUCGACCUCAUCCUUUCCUUGUCUACAGGGCCUUUGCAGAUUGGUCAAUGGUUAGACCAAUGCAUAAAACUUGGUACUGAAUCUUUGCAAAAAGCCUGAAAUGCAAAUUUUAAAGUUUAUUAAAAGGUUUAGCACAGUGUUUAAAAUGGACUGAUGAACCUGUGUGUUUAUAAAAGAAAAUCUAAGAAUUCCAAGCUUCCACCUCGAGAAAUCACACAGAUCUAUACAUAUAUUUAAUGUAUGUGUAUAAAGAAUAUAUACAAAAUAUUAUGUACAGAUUAUAGAAUGCCUGCAGGUGAAUGACAAUGUGAAGAUCUAGUCGAGGAAUUCAGUUGCUUGAUCAUUGUAUUAUUUGUCAUUGCUUCUUGUUUUCCAUUUUAAUAUAUAACAGAUGCUCAAUUUAAAAAUAACUUGCCAUUGUAGCAGUCUAUUGUGAUGUGAAUAUUGUUUCCAAGAUGGAAGGACAAACGUGUUCAUGCUGUUUAGUCUCUUGUUUUAUUUGCAGGAACUUAUAAUUGUAAGAAUGCACUCACACGAUCCAAUUUUAUUUUUUGGAGUGAUGAUUACUGAAAACCUGCAACAUCGAUUAGCCCAUAAACACCUUAAAAGUCCAGCUUCAAACACAGCUGAAUGCUGCAAGAGAUUUAAUAAGUGCUGUAAAUCUUGAGAAACACAUACAAAAUGGAGGAAUUCGGCAGGUUAAGCAUUAGGGAGAGAAAAGUUGACUCUGAUUUCCUCCAUCGAUACUGCCUAACCUGCUGAGAUCCUCCAGCAUAGCACACUACUGGCUUGGGUGAUUUCAACAGGGCAGCUAUUGAUUCCUUGUGGUGGGGGGAAAAAUGUGAAAUAAAAUUUGGUACCAAUAAUAAACUCAACAUAGAAAUCUCACAUGGGAAAACUUUC